CGAGUCCAACUUUCCCGCGCAAAUCCGGAUCCGCCCACGUGUUCAUUCGACUCGGCGCGCCGUGGAUGGAUGCCCCAAGACUCCGAAUCGACUCCAUUUGAGGCGUUUUGAACGUUGUACAAACGUUGUAAAAACGUUGCGCACGGACGUUGCUUCCCCGGGCCUUCUGGGGCGUUCGCCGCGCUAUGUCGAGAAUGAGCAUCGCGCCGGAGAGGCAGUGGGUCAUGGUUCUACCCGAAUGGUUCCUAAAGGAAGCUGAGAAUUCCGACUGCGACCCACAUUUCAUCAAACUCCCGCACCCCAAAACAGGUGAAGGAACGACCUUCCUCGUGGGUGCCGAUGGUAUGCACGGGGGCAAGGACAAGGGCAGGGCUUUGCUGGAGAUGAGGGCAUUGGCUGAAAAAGAACCCAGGUCUUGGCUGAUUGGAGAGAGUGUGCAAGAAGAUGGAAAGCUGGUGCUGUGUACCCGCGUCGAUCCGCUCUUUCUCACGCUCCCGUACCUCCAACGGGCACACGCCAAGGAAAUAGAACAGGAGCUGAAAAAGUGCCAAAAGCUUGGAGAGAUGCUUGGGAUUACACCGGGACUCCGCGAGAGGGCCGUGUGGAACGGAGAAUAG